CCGUGGGCGUCGUACCGCGCAGCCGACACUGAAGGUCACCCACGUGACGGGGAGUCUGUUUGAUACCAACCCCUAGUCUGCACGCUGCCUCUGUCGACACCACUCGCGUCUUACAACACUUUGCAAAAAUACUGAGGCUAUAUACAAAAAUAUAAAUCAUCAAAAAGUCUGAGCCUAGUGCUGUAUUUUUCAAUCUUUGAGUGGCUGAAUAAUAUAAUUCUAGCAAUAUGGCUGCCGUAGCAGAGAAGUUGUAUCCCAACUGUGAUGCCAGCGUAUGGCUGAGGUCCUGCGAGGAGGAGGUUUCUGAGCCCUUGGAGGGGACCACUACAGGUGAACUGCCGCCAUGGUUGCGAGGCACGUUGCUACGCAACGGACCGGGCUCUCUGAAAGUCGGGGACAUGCGAUUCGAUCAUCUCUUUGAUAGUUCCGCACUACUGCACAGGUUUGCAAUCGACGAGGGUCAUGUAACAUACCAGUGCCGGUUUCUGCGCACCAACACGCUGAGGAAGAACCGCGCAGCCAAUCGCAUCAUCGUGUCUGAGUUUGGGACAAAGGCUGCGCCUGACCCUUGUCAUACGAUAUUUGACAGGGUAGCAGCUUUCUUCAACCCCGGAGAGCACAUGUCUGACAAUGCCAUGAUAUCCUUAUACCCGUUCGGCGAUGAAAUAUACGCGUUUACGGAGGGACCUAUCAUUCACAGGGUGGACACGGUGACCCUGGAUACCUUAGAGAGGAGGAACAUGACGGAUUGUGUGGCGCUCGUCAACCAUACUUCACAUCCACAUGUUAUGCCAAAUGGGGAUGUCUACAAUGUUGGAAUGUCGGUUGUUAAAGGAAGAAUAAAACACGUCGUUGUCAAAUUCCCUUUCACGGAAAAAGGAGACAUGUUCAAAAGCGCUCGCAUCGUGGCUUCAGUGAAGCCCAGGUGGACACUCAACCCUUCCUAUAUGCACACAUUUGGUAUAACAGAGAAUUACUUCGUGAUAGUAGAACAGGCGCUGUCGGUGUCAGUAGCAGCUCUGAUGAAAGGACUCAUCAACAACGAGAAGGUCUGCUCCUCACUCAAGUGGAACCCUGACUAUGAGACCCACAUAGUCCUCCUAAGCCGCACAACAGGCUUAGAAGUGAAGCGGUUCCGCACCAACACGCUAUUCUACUUGCACAUCAUCAACGCGUUCGAGACGGACGGCCGACUCGUUGUCGACCUCUGCGCGUAUAAGGACGCUCAAGUUAUCGAUGCUAUGUAUGUGCAGGCUAUUGAGACAAUGCAAAGUAACGCAGACUACGCGGAAUGGUUCCGCGCGCGGCCGCAGCGCCUCGACGUGUCGCUCGACGCGCCCAACCUCACGCACGUGCCGCAGAAACUUAUUGCUGACAUCGGCUGCGAGACUCCUAGGAUACAUUACGAUCUGCAUAAUGCAAAACCUUACAGAUAUUUCUACGCAAUCAGUUCAGAUGUUGAUGCUGAAAACCCUGGAAUGUUAAUAAAAGUGGACACGAAGACAGGAGAGACUAAGACGUGGUGCACACCCAAUGGGUACCCGAGCGAACCGAUAUUCGUGCCCGCUCCUAAUGCUAAGGACGAAGAUGACGGCGUCCUCCUAAGCGCAUUAGUUUGGGGAGGAGAGAAGACCCAAUCCGUAGCUCUUUUGGUGCUCGACGCUAAGACCAUGAAGGAACUAGCGAGGACCACCUUCGACACUCCCUCACCAGCUCCCAAGUGCUUACACGGAUGGUUCCUACCCACCAACAGUUAAGCUUCUAGAACAUUCGAAAAUUGUUUUCGAGGGAAAUUGGACCUUAUUCCAUUGUCGUAAAUUGUAUUUUGGCUUGUGAAGUCCAAACGUCUAAAAAAUCCAGAUAUAUCUUCUGAAGUGGAAUUUAUUGUGUCGAUAUCUAAAUGUUGUAAAUAUUUUCUAACUCAUGAUGCCCAAACUUCUAGGAUUCUCUUAGGGAUUUCUAGGAUUUCUGGGACAUUUUUUGGAAGAAAACCAAACUUCAUUGUAUUGGUGUCUUUUGAAAUAACUCGUAACGUACAAAUUGGUUUAGCUUUCAGUGACCAUAUUGGUCAAGUUAUUUCGUUUUGCCUAAAGGGUUUAUGAUUGUACGAUUGUAUAUAUUCGUGUAAAUAAAGUGUUUUAGGAUAUAGUAAAAUUCGAGCUAUUUUAAGAGCCAUUUUCAAGGCAGCUCUUGAAGCCUGAGAUGAGAAUGCAUAUUCCGUAUAAAAGGACCAAUUUUCAAAAAUUGGUCGGUAACUGAAAAUAAUUGCGGUGAAGUAUGGCCUAGUUAUUUUAUGAUUUUGCUGUUCAGAAACUGUUUAUUCGAUUGUUUAAAAUGGAUAUAAAUGUUACUCAAAUUAAAAUUAAGUUCCCAUCAGUCGUUGGAAAUGUUUUCAAGAUGAUUAAUUUGUAUUUUUUACUUACUAAAGUAUCGUUCGAAGGCUCUAAAGACGGUUUUUGCUUAGUACAUUAUUUAGCAAGAACAAGAACUAAAUAUUUUAAGUUCUAAAUGAUUUAAUGACGAAAUUCAUUAAUUGCGUAAGUAAAUAAGUGUGGUGUACGGAAGAUUUUUUUAUGUUUAAUAAAUAAGUUGUAAUUU